GGUGGAAUCGGCUUCCUGCCUCCAGGGGGCAGCGGCCGGGGACGGGUCCUAACGUGGAUAGCUUGGCGCCCGCGCCGCUCUUACAGUCGGUGGACGUGACGGGCCGACCAGUGGGCGGCCAGGGCCGGCGGUCGCCAUUCCCGUGUCGCUGCGCCCGCGGGGGCCGCCCGAGUCGGCCACGAUGCCUCUGGGCCUGAAGCCCACCUGCAGCGUCUGCAAGACCACGUCGUCCUCCAUGUGGAAGAAGGGCCCGCAGGGGGAGAUCCUCUGCCACCACUGCACGGGCCGGGGCGGCGCGGGCGGCGGGGGCGGCGGCUCGGGGGCCGCCAGCGGGACGGGGGGCAGCAGCAGCGGUGGGGGCUUCGGCGCGGCGACCUUCGCCAGCACCUCGGCCGCUCCUCCGCAGAGCAACGGGGGCGGGAGCGGCAAGCAGAGUAAGCAGGAAAUUCACAGGAGGUCUGCUCGGCUCAGAAACACUAAAUACAAAUCGGCUCCAGCUGCUGAAAAGAAAGUUUCCACUAAAGGAAAAGGGAGAAGACAUAUUUUUAAAUUAAAAAAUCCCAUUAAAGCUCCUGAGUCAGUUUCCACCAUAAUCACUGCCGAAUCGAUCUUCUACAAGGGAGUAUAUUACCAAAUUGGAGACGUUGUUUCUGUGAUUGAUGAACAAGAUGGAAAACCUUACUAUGCUCAGAUUAGGGGUUUCAUCCAGGACCAGUACUGUGAGAAGAGCGCGGCUCUGACAUGGCUUAUUCCCACUCUGUCCAGCCCCAGGGACCAGUUUGAUCCUGCAUCCUAUAUCAUAGGACCAGAGGAGGACCUUCCAAGGAAGAUGGAAUACUUGGAAUUUGUUUGUCAUGCACCCUCUGAGUAUUUCAAGUCACGUUCAUCACCAUUUCCCACAGUUCCUACCAGACCAGAGAAGGGCUACAUAUGGACUCAUGUUGGACCUACUCCUGCAAUAACUAUUAAGGAAACAGUUGCCAACCAUUUGUAGUUUAAAAAGAAAAACUGGAUUUCCACUUACCUUUUAUUCUUUAAUGAAAUAAAGAUAUGCCACAUGUUUCUUUAAUGAAAUUCUUAGAUGGAAAAAUUACAAAAAAGUGUUUUCCUACUACCCAGUAAUCAUUAGCUCAUUUAUUACUAGUCAUUUGGAAAACUAAAAAGGAUAGAAAAGAUUAAAUAUACUUUGAAGUUAAAUAUUACAUUAUGUGUAUCUUCCCAGGUAAAGGCUGUAAUUUCCAGGGAGACCAUUAGGAACAUAGUGUCUAUUUUUCUCCAUAAUUUAUUUCUAGAAACUCAUAAGGUGGAUUGUAUUUUCUUACCAGAACAAAAAAUUAAGGUUUGGAUUUCUGACCAAGAACUGGACCAAAUAAAAUGUAGCUGUGACCAACAGUAUCUAUCACAAAGUUAUACAAGCUUUAUUUCUCAUCUAGAAAAUACUAUGGCAGACUGUUGGCUGCUUUAACCUUAAGGAAAGUGGGUUUUUUAUUAGCCCAGGCUUUUUAAAACUUUCAUCUAAUUCUUCUGUAGCAAGCGGAUUCAGAAUCAUUUUGUUGAUCUUAAUAUCACUUCUCACAUACCUUCUCAGUCAAAAUGAAGCUUCCAAUCCAUAAAAUUGUAUACUGCAGUCAGCUUCACUGAAAGCACACAGGAAACGUACUAUUCAGGCAUCCCACUUGGUAGUGUCUUGACUACCAUUAGAACAACCAUUGGGCAGUCAUAAAAAUGAUUAAUAGGUUAACUAUAAUUGAAAAAUAUACCCUUUCUACUUAUAAAAAUAAAAGUUGGCUGUAAGACAAAAUUUUUUUAAAAUUGUUUAAAAAUUAAAACAAAAUUACCAAUAAGUUAUUAGCUUUGAUAUCUUUAAAAAGUCUACUUGCUGUGGACUCGUAAUAACGGGCCUAAAACAAUGCCUUGGACUUAGAAAGCCUGCUAUAUAUGAAAUUAUCUGGAAUUCUACAGGUUUCUUUCAAGUGCAAGGUAGGGAGCAACAGUGUGAAAAUGGGAAGAAGUGUAGAUGGCACAACUUGCCUCCUCUUCUAUCCUGACUUAAGCAGUAUUUUUCAAUCCCAGGAAAACUUGUCAGAAUCUAAUUUAAUCAUAAUGAUUUUGCAUUUUAGCACAUUUAGCUGUUACCCUUUUCUAUACACUUACGGUUUGUGUGUUGGAAAGAAGCAACUGUGGGUAGUUCUGUACACAUAGCUCUCUGUAUAUAGUUAUCUCUCUGUUCACAAAUAUAGUAAAAUUGAGUGUAAAUACCAUUGUAAAUAACGAAAUGUUAAUGUUCAAACUUUUGGAUUAAAAUGUAUUUUUCACAAUGUA